AGGCAUUGUAACGGCAUCAAAGUUGAUCGCCAACUCAUCACCGCAUUAGCCGAGAGAUGGAGAAAGGAGACCCAUUGUUUCAACUUUAGAGAAGGAGAGGCCACCAUCACGCUAAAGGAUGUCGCCAUCCUUACCCAUCUGCCCAUCGACGGCAAAGCGGUGUGCGUGAGUGAUCAUCCCCCCGAGGAUCGUGACGGUAUGCCCGGUUGGGUUCAUUUCAUCCACAGUGUUUUGGGAGUGAAAGUACCGGUGAAGGGGUGCGUUGAUGCGACCGAUCGCAUACCACCAAUGAGGAAACACAAGGUCUCAAUUACUUGGUUGAUGAGUAUUUUAGAGACCAUUACGAGAGUCAUCCCCUAA